AUGACGUACCAAAUCCACAAUUCUACUCCCUGUCGUCCAGGAAUUCCAAGUGCAUCAGAUUAUAUUUUUCCGAUCUCGCCAUCGUUCAAAAACAGUGCCUUACCUCAUUCAGUUCCGAAGAAACCACCGUACUCAGUUGGAAGCAGUGAUAUGAUGACGAGCCAGGCUUCUGAUGGAGUCACCAAUAAUGGAAAUGCUCAGUACCAUGAAAUAGCUAAGUUGCGGAUUUCCCUUCGAUUGCUCACCAUGAUGGCGCUAGCUACUGGUGUUUCCAGCAUCACGAGUCUUCAAUUCUUUCUACAAGUCAACUGGAGCACUAUGAUCAAGAAAUAUGUCACGCUGAAGGAAUUCUACCAGACGAUCGGUGACAUCGGUGAAACCCUCGACGUAGCGGUGUUGGUGUGUUCGUGCUCAGCGUUCUUCGUCACACUUAUGCAGCUUUUUUUCGUACUUAAGCUUCAAAAGUUCAAAAACUCUCACGCUACGAUCUUCACUGUUCGCUUUUACAGCCGUGCUGCUGCUCUGUGCCAUGAACCCACAACGCGGAGCGAUCUCGAAAGCAAUCGGUCUGCCGCUAGGUGUCAUCGCGAUGGGGUUCUGCGUCGUCGUCACACUGAAGUCGAUUCGCUUCUGGAGCAGAUCCACUCGUACGCCACCCACCGUCGACAACUACAAAAACUUCUCUACUCUCGUAUAGAGCAGCUGUCCGUAGAACAGGAGUCCUAUGAAGGUCCAACUAUAUCCCCACGAUGUUACAUCAUUGAUGUGUGCCUUUCUUAA